AACUUCGUUUCACAUUUUGUUCUUUGAUAACGAAGAAAUAUAUCUUUUGUAUAUGUAUACAUAACUAAUAUAUUUUGUAAUUAUAAAAUGCUUCGCAGUUAAUUAAUUUUAAAUAGGCAAAAUGGCGGGUGAACAUAUGUUGUUUGUAGAUCAAGAUUGCACCACAAAUGCGCGAUAACUCAUAACCCUCCAAGUCAUAAGUCAGAAGAACUCGAGAUUUCCUCCUCACCGCACGUAGCAAUAACAAAAUGCGUAUAACAUUUAUAUUUUUUAUAUGUUCCGUGACCUAUUUGAGUGUGAAGGCUUCACAUUUAGUGUUAGGGAACGUGUCUGAUCGCGUUGUUUUGGCAAAUCAAACGAAAGUCGAAUACGCUGGUUUCCCAUUUAUGAAAAGGGUGAAAUUUUUCUUUUACAACACACCAGAUAACCGACCUAUCAGGGGCAUUCAAGCUUUGGACCCACUUCACACGAAAUCAUCUGUCAAUGUGACAGCUGGCGGCGUCGGCUUCCCCUUCGUCAACUUACGUAUGAAGAGCGAACGCGGCAAGACCAUGGUGUUCGAUAUAGGAAUAUAUGUUGAUCCCGAUUUACGUUACUAAAACUUUUAGUCUAAAAGUAAUUUAUGUAUUGUACUUGAACAAUUAUUAUAGACAUAUUUUUAUUAAA